CCGUGCGCAAGUGUAUAGAACUGUACGAAAUGGAUGCAUCAGAUGCCAAUCCAUCCGCAGAGUUCACAGUUUCGUACAUAUUUAAGAUCCAAUUAUUUUCGUAAUAUGCGAACGAAGUGUCAAAACAUCGCGUGAAUUACCAGCUAUAUAAUGUAAUCACAUCCAUCUUGUCAUAUCCACCUCUCGAAAACUUAUUUGCCCCGAAGUUGAAGGUACGAUUCCUUGUCGAGCAAGCUUCGUAGUACAAGAUGGCAUUGCCACCGAAUUACAAACAAGUCGCAAUGGCUACAUCGAAUAUUGUAGCCUCCAAUCAACGUAUAAGAGCAUCCGGUGGGAGUUCAAGUAGUUCAACGAACAGUAAAGAUGCCCAGAGUCCAUUUGUACAGACUCCCCAUAGCCAUCCAGGAUUUAUACCACAGAAAGUUGGAAAAAAUACCAAUGCUGACUCUCGUAUGCCAAAACCACCUAAACCACCAGAAAAACCUCUUAUGCCAUAUAUGAGAUAUAGCAGGAAGGUAUGGGAUCAAGUAAAGGCUCAGAAUCCCGAGUUAAAACUAUGGGAAAUAGGCAAAAUUAUCGGCCAAAUGUGGAGAGAUUUGCCAGAAGAAGAUAAAACAGAAUUUAUCGAGGAGUAUGAAGCUGAAAAGGUAGAAUAUGAAAAAAGCUUGAAGACUUAUCACAAUUCCCCUGCAUAUUUAGCUUAUAUUGCAGCUAAAAAUCGUGGAAAGUCUGCAUUAUGCGCAGCACAACAAAGUAAUGAUGAUCGAGAAAGUCAUGAACGUUCGUCAGGUAGUAGUAAAAGUCAAGCAGCUCAGGAUAGGAGGAUUGAUAUUUUACCAGCAGAAGAUGAUGAUGAUCAAGAUGAUGGAUAUUCUGUGAAACAUGUAGCAUAUUCGCGUUACACAAGAAAUCAUCGACUUAUUAAUGAGAUCUUUAGUGACACUGUUGUCCCAGACGUUCGUUCUGUAGUCACUACUCAAAGAAUGCAGGUUUUACGGCGUCAAGUACAAUCUUUAACAAUGCAUCAGAAAAAGCUUGAGGCUGAAUUGCAACAAAUUGAAGAGAAAUUUGAGGCAAAGAAACGUAAAUUCAUAGAAACCAGUGAAAUAUUUCAAGAAGAACUGAAGAAGCACUGUAAGCCAGCAGUAGAUGAGGAGACAUUUAACAAAAUGGUAGAACGACAAUAUGAAGCUCUUAGACGAGAGAGACUAAAAGGAACAGAAGAGAAUCGUUCGGAUGGACCGGCGUCUAGCGAAUCCACGCCAAACUCUACCCCGACUCCGACUCCUGCAUCACUUAAUGACGAGACUCAACCUGAUAUUUCUGACAAUGAUUCGAUUGAGAAGAAGCCCAUUGAUAAGCCUAGUAUUGAAAUAAACAAGAAAAUGUCGCCUCCAUAUAUCGAAAGUAAAACCGAGGCACCGUCAGCUGUGCAAGCAAAUGUUAAUCAGCAACAUGGACCAAACCCUGGAAUGUAUUGCAGUAACGUAAUUAAUCCGAUUCAACAACAUCCGCAUCAGCAACAAACGCAAACAUCGCAGCAUCCGCCGCCGCCGUUGCAACAUCAACCAUCGCCUCCUCAGCAAUCACAUCAGCCUCCUACAUUGACGCAACAGCAUCAACCACCGCCACCGCCACCUCAGCAGCAUCAGCCGUUAUCUUCACAACAUCAGGCACCGCCAUCGUUGCAACCGCAGCCAUCGCAACAACAACCACCGCAAUCGCAGCAGCAACAACCAUCAACUCCCCCGGUACUGACGCCUCAACAACCAACCACAACAGCUACAGCAGCAGCGGCUGCGGUUGCGGCAGUAGUCGCGAGCGCAAAUGCGACCGCGAAUUCCACUUCGCCAAAUAUGCCGCCGGUGUCCGCACCGACGGUACCUAUUCAGCACAAUCCCCAUCAGCAAGGGAUGCUUGCGAAUCAUUCGAUGCCACCGCAUCAAGCGACGCAAGGUUCUCAGGGUACGCAGGUUUUGCCACCGCAGGGGCCAAAUCCGCAUACUCCGCAGAUGAUGCCGCCUAAUCAAGCUUACGGCCAGCAGCCGUAUCAGUCAGGUCCCGGUCCUCAACAACCGCAGAAUGUUCCCCUAGCUCCGAGGCCGCCACAUCCCACUUACAGCUACUCCCAGCAACAACCAUAUCAUCAACCUUAUCCGCAAUACGCUCAUCCAUAUUAUCAUCAACCAUACUCGCAGUACUCGCCCCACCCGAUGGGUCGUCCUCAUGGUCAUGGUCCUCAUAGUCCGCACAAUCCACAUUAUCAUCCUCAAUCACCUCAUACAGUUGCUGCUGAAAGUAAUACCAGUAGCAAUGUUACUGGCGGUUCUGCGAACGCUGCGGCUUCCACACCCGCUCCUGACACUAAUAAUCCUACUUCGUAUUCUUCGCCUGCGGGACACUGUGAAAGCGAACGUUCCGGUUCAUCGGACAAUCAGGAAAGUCAGGUAGAUGCUAAAUCGGGAUCCACUUAAAUAUUGUUUAUUUUACACUGAUUCCGAAUUUUUAUCAACAUGUAUUUGACUAUUCCCCUCUAUAUUCUUAUGUUGCAUUACAAACAAACUUUCAAUCUUUUAAUCUUUCCAUUUAUCAUAAAAAUGUAGCGAUAAUCCUUAUCUAUAUGACUUGCAACACAUUAUGGAUACGAAGUUGUACCGUUUUACAUAAAAUGAUUGUAUUGCGAGGUAAAAUGGAUAAGAGAACAUUGUAUGCACACAAAAUGCUCUUUGAUUAUAUCUUCGAUUCAUAAUAUAAUCAGUCUUAUUUCA